AUGGCUAGCGUCGAUCCCAUUACUCCCUCUACUGUCUCUGUUGUUGCCGCUACUACUACCGCCACUGCAUCUCUGUCUCCCACCGAGUCUAACAUGGGCCUUCCACAACCCCACCCUUCCCCCCUUUCUCCUGCAAGUCAACCCACCAUCAUGGAUACUUCCACAAUCUCUGCGGAAGUGUCUUUCCCCUUGUCGCAACAGCAACCACCACCGCUACCACCUGUACAAGCAGCACUGAAUGAAGUGGUUAUCAAACCUGAGGCGCCUGCACUUACAACUCCACCCUCCACCACCCCGCUGAAACGGCCUCGACACAAACCUGAGGAGCGCAAAGAGCUCUUAGAGAAGGCUGUCCGGGAUGUUAAAGAGCAGAAGAUUUCCAUGCGUAAAGCCGCCUCGCGAUAUAAUAUUGCAAAGUCCUCGCUAUGUGACUAUGUGCGCAAAAACCAUAUUAUUCUGCCCAACAAUCGGUGCAAGCCUUCGGCCGCUGCGGCUACAUCUGCCACCACUGCAGCCAAUAACUCUAGUGGAGUCGAUUGUCAUCACCAGCAUCAUCAUGUUCGCUUGGAGGCUCCAACUACAACGGUGACUGGAACACCCCAAACUUCAGUGACGUUGCAACCACCCCUAUCUUCGUCACAAGCCAACUCCUUCAAUUUUCCUCUGGAGACGACAGGUUUGUUGAGAGCGGCGCACCCAGCUACUCCUCCAGGGGGAGGGGGUGGUGGUAGUAGUGUGCUCUCGCGUCUAGAGAGUCCUUGGAACAACGUCUCAGGGCUGCCUACCCAGGUGCCAAUGCAGAAUUGGAGUUCUUUGGCUGCCCAAGGAAAAUCUAUGAGUUCGUUGUCCCAAGCCUCGGCCGCGUCGUCCCCGAAGCAAGCGGAAUCCCUAUUGGGCAUAAGCACAGAGUCGAAUUCACCGGGUGGUGGUGGCGAUUGCGGUAGCAACAAUAGCAACAACAGCACACCGCUGCAAUUGCAGCAACACCAACAGUUGUCUUCGACAGGGAUCUUCACAACUACCCCCUCCUCUACACCUUCCUUUAUUUGCGCGCCACUUUCAAGUGAUGUUCUAGACAGCAUGACAUCCACAACACCCUUCUUCGCCUCCCCCUCUGUCGCCGCUCCUCCGCCCACCUUUGCUGUGACUACCCAUUUUGCCUCCGCCACACCUCACCUCCUCCUCCCUCCACCGCCACCACCACCGCCGCUGCAAACACCAACAAGCAUCUCUGCUGAGGCGCUGAUUCCUGCUCCGCUCUCGCGUUCCCUCGCCUCGAUCUACUCUUCAGCACCACCGCUUCAAGCUCCGUCGCUGCAGUCGUCGUCGCUUCCCCCGACACAACAGGCGCCUCCACUACCUUCCGCCGCCACCACCUCACAACUGCCUCUCGUCUUUCCCUCUGCUGCUUCUAGUGGUGUAUCCAACUCAGCCGAGGCAAGUGUAGUAGUGGACUCGCUACAGAGGUUACUGUUGGCUGCCGCAGCGGCGACGGCGACACGUCCCGACGGAAAACAGCUGGUCCCUUCAAACCUUGGCGACCUCCUUCUUGAUCUCUCUUCUCCAAUGGGUUUCCCUGCGCCCCCACCACCCGCCGCAGUCACCAACGCCACUGCAGCUAGUGCCCUCCUUCGUAAACUUCAGUUGCCCAAUUGUCUCAAUUCUCUUAUUGGAAGUACUGCCACAGCACCGAAUUCUCUAACAGCCACGGUCGCCAAUAAUAGUAGUGGCAGCGCUGCGGCCGCAGCUGCAGCAGCUGUCGCUGUUAUUGCACGAUUACCCCAAGCCCAAAUGGUCUUCGCUAAGGAACUCAUCAACUUUAUCAACAAAUCACCUUCUCCCUUCCAUGUGGUUCGAUCUGCAUGCGAGAUCCUAACUGCCAAUGGCUUUCGCGAAUUGACGGAGGACGAACCUUGGAAGUUGGCGGCUAACGACUGUGUCUUUGUGACCAAAAACCGCACUUCUCUAUUCGCCAUUGCUGUGGGUGGAGCCUAUAAGCCCGGUGAGGGUUUUGGUAUCAUUGCGGCACACACUGACAGCCCGUGCCUUCGACUGAAGCCCCUGUCGGAACGGGUGAAGGAAGGCUUCGUCGAACUUGCAGUGCAGACCUAUGGUGGUGGACUGUGGUAUACCUGGUUUGAUCGCGAUCUUACUCUCGCGGGUCGUUGCAUCGUCCGCAAUCCCGCAACCGGUGCAUUGGAAGAACGUCUUGUUCACAUUGAUCGUCCAUUGGCUUGCGUGCCCUCUUUGGCCAUUCAUUUAAACCGCAACGUUAAUAAGAGUUUCUCUCCUGAUCCAGAGGUUCAUCUGGCCCCGAUUCUGUGUACCACUCUGACAGAACAGUUGAAUGCUUCGGCCGACGGGACAAUACCUUCAGGCCACCCAACGGGUCUAUUGCGUCUUCUGGCUGCAGAGCUUCAAUGUACACCAUCGGAUUUGAUCGAACUGGAGCUUUACUUAGCGGAUACUCAACCGGCAAGAAUAGGAGGUCUCUACGAGGAAUUCAUCCAUGCACCACGGUUGGAUAACCAAUUUAACGCUUACACUUCAAUCCGGGCAUUGGUGAACUCCCUACCUAGCCUGAAAGAAGACUCCUUAGUGCGGGUGGUGUGUCUUUACGACCACGAAGAAAUCGGUUCAGGAAGUCUCCAAGGUGCCAAAUCAAUUUAUACGGAAUGCCUUUUCCGAAGGGUUACAGAGGCGUUAGCGGCAGGUGCGGUGGAAGUGACUGAGUCGGCAGGUAACAUUGGUGGAGGGACGGAAGCAGGAGUAUACGGUAGUGGUGGAGUGAGAUCUGAUCGAUGCCUCUUCGAGCGCACAAUGGCACGGUCCUUUCUCCUCUCGGCUGAUCAGUCUCACGCAGUGCAUCCCUCAUGGCCUGAGAAGUAUGAGCCCGGGCACAAACCAGGCUUUCAUCAGGGCUUGGUGUUGAAGCAUCACUGCUCACAGAACUACGCUACUAACGGGCUAACUUCGGCUGUCGUUAAGGAGGUUGCUAGACGAACAAAUGUCCCGCUCCAGGAUUUCGUGAUACGUCAAGAUCAGUUGGGCGGUCGCACCAUCGGUCCAAUCUUGGCCUCCCAUCUAGGCGUAAUGACUGCGGACAUCGGUGGUGCUCAACUGGCAAUGCAUUCGUGUCGUGAGAUGACCUGUACUUCAAGUGUCGGUCAAGCGAUCACGCUGUUCACAGGGUUCUUUGAACAACUCGCCAAUAUCCUCUCCUCAAUUGUUGUCGCUGUCAAGUAG